GUUUCCAUCAUCACCACCACCACCUCUACACAUCUCUCUUUCAGCCCCAUUCUCGUUUUCUCGUCUUCUCGUCGCUCGUUUCUCAUCCGCGACAUCACUACACGCCGGCCACAUGGACAUGGCCAUGGCCCAGACCCCGGUGCCCGUCAUCGGCGCCCACUCCCGACGGAGCAACCUGGGCGCCGAUGCAGCACUGCCUGUGCCUGUUGGAACCAUUUCCACUUCGUCUAUCUUUCUGACUCACGCGGGCCCGUUUCCAGUCACUCGCACCCUCUCUAUCUUUUCCGCCCAGGCUUCCUCCGUUUGAUGGCUCAAUGGCAGCCUGGCGAUUUGGUCCCAUCGCCGUCAUCGCUUCCUGUUCUGUUCCAGUAUCACUGGCAUUAGUAGGUCUGUCCCUGGUCCAGGCAUCCAACCAAAUUCCCCUCCGCCCUUGAUGUCCCUCCAUCCCUCCAUUGAGAAGUGAAUGCACCUUGGUGUCUUCUUCUCAAUUGGCUUCCUCCCACCUCGAGGCUAUAACUCGUCGCAAAACCCCCUCCUUUGUCCAUUGAUCCUUCUUCCUCUUCAUCCAAAACUACAACCCAUUACAAUCAUCCAAAGUGUUCGCCCAGUCACUCUCAUACACUGUCUCGUUGCCCAACCACCAACAGCACCACAGUCCAUCCGGGCUGCCUUCCAACCCCAGCCCAGUCUUGAACAAAGUCGUCACGGUGUCGUAUCCACGCUCCGUCACCUACUACUACUAUACCACAAGGUCUCGUGCUUCUGACCCAUUGGAGCCUGCCUACGAGUACAUCACCGUCGCUCGGUCGCCCAGGACCAGGACCCCUUCCCAUCCGUCACCACCUCCCUUGGUCCAUUCCCAAACAUCCACACCCAUCACAAGUACUCCGUCUACUCCUGUUGAGGCCAUGGCGAGAGGUGCCACGACUCAACGCGUCGUUGGCUUCGCCACGGAGGUCAAGUCCAUCCGACCUCCUGGUGAUGCCGAGCAGUCUGUCAUGGACCACUUUGCCAGACAUGCCGCCAGGUGUGAAGUCUGCAAGGACCCGGAGCACUCUUACAAACACGACAUCCCCCUCUGUGACCGGGGAAAUACCCUGGCCGUGGAUGUUGCCAAAUACGUCUAUUCAAAGGGCGGCAAACCCUUUUCGGUGGUUGAUCGAUUGCAAGGAAAACGCGUCCAGCUUGAAAUCCCACCCGGCUGCCAGGUCAUCAACAGUCUGGUCCGGGCCUUUGACCGGGGAAUGAUCCCCAGAGCCCGCAAUCCUGUUGUCGUCACCCAGGUGGCGCCUACACCAGCCCAUCCAACCCAACCGUCAACUCCAAGGGUGCAGCAGAGGACCGAGCGUCCAGCCUCAUCUUACUCCCCGCGCACGGAGCGGAGGAGAGAAUAUCCUGUGGAGGAGCAUCAGUAUCCUCGAGAGACCCGUUAUCGCUCGGGUGAUGUUCAGAUGGUCGAAAUUGUACCGUCCUCCGCACGCCGGGAAAGACGGGAACCAGUUUACCGUGACCGGCUGGAUGAACGAUAUCGACAGCCGGAACGACAGCCGGAACGUCGAACCAGGCCUGUCAGCUACAUUGAAAGGAGGGGAAGCUUAUACCACAGAGACGAGCAAGAAAACAAGCAACGACAACGAUACGAAGAACAACCGAUUGUCAUUGUCGCGGAACCUAGGCGGAGAUAUGCUACUGUGCGGCUGUGAGCCACAAAUGUCACUUCGGGAAUGUUUACUGUAUGGGCGUUACGACUAUGGGAAUAGAACAUGUAUUAUCAACAAUAUUACACAACACGGCAGGAACUUGAAAUUCGAGGAGGUCAACAGCACAUGGCAUCAAUUACAUACGGCGUCUAGCAAAGGGGGAUGGAUGCUAGACUCAACCACAACAAGCCGUUUCUGAGCGACAUUACAAUCACAUGCACUGGAUGGUCCGGCAAUGACCCGAUACAAAAGGGGAGCCCGACUCGCAGCAGUCCAGCCGAGCUCAGGCUACAGACGGCCCGAAAACAUGGCCUGUUAGGAUAUGAUGGCGGUGGUCGAAACUGGAAGGAUGCCUGAUGGAGCAGAUGGAAGCUACCGCAACUGGUUACUGUACCUUGCUUGAAGCAAUUCUGCCGUUCUUGCAAUUGGCCCGGUCUGGAUUGGGUCUGGAUGAAAAUCCGCGAAUUCAAAAACAGGUAGGAACAUGGAGAGCAUCGAAUCGAGUCGCUUUGGCAGGUUAGCAAUCGAUCAUGUAUCAUGACUGGGAUUAGGACAGCACCUAGAUGGAUCAUCGCGAAGUGGAAUGGAACGGGAGGUACUCCUCCUCCUCUUACUGGGUGCUAGGUAGCUGGUGCUUUGCCAUAGCAGAGUAACAAUACAAGACCAAUAAUGGAACACCACAAAACUUGGAGUGCAGAACAUGAAUCAUCACGUGCGUGAUCUUAUUUAAUUAUGAGAUGUACUGUACAUACGACUACGCAGCGGCCUAGUAUGGUACACU